UGGACACCGAUGCAUAUUUAAACGGGAGCCAGACGACGCUGACACGAGCCGCAUCCAACAGUGGACCUAACAACAACACAUCCUACGGUUCAACUCCAACGCGUGGCCAAUCAAAGAAAUCAAUCCGAGACGUGUACUUGGACUAGUUCGUUUUACCACGAUUUUCUCCAAGUAGCCAAAAGAUCUUAGAAUGUCUGUCAUCUCGGGACCCAUCUACGAUGCUUACUCGUGGGGAGGACAGGGCGGUGCUGGUAAAUUCGGCAACCUAACGGUGGUCGACAAGGUACCAGCUGACAUGCUCCAUCUGAUCGACCCUCACUGGUACCAGUUCCCGCCUCUGAAUCCGAUGUGGCACGGUCUCCUCGGUUUCGUAAUCGGAUUGCUUGGUUUCAUCUCCGUCAGCGGGAAUGGAAUGGUCGUCUAUAUAUUCCUUUCGACAAAGAGUCUUCGCACGCCGAGCAAUCUAUUCGUGAUCAACCUAGCUAUCAGUGACUUCUGCAUGAUGCUCUGCAUGUCCCCCCCUAUGGUAAUCAAUUGCUAUUACGAGACGUGGGUACUCGGACCUCUGUUUUGUCAAAUCUACGCGAUGUUGGGCUCCUUGUUCGGAUGUGGCUCCAUAUGGACAAUGACAAUGAUCUCAUUCGACAGAUACAACGUGAUCGUCAAAGGUUUAUCCGGCAAACCACUGACCAUUAACGGAGCACUCCUCCGUAUACUGGGUAUAUGGUUGUUCUCUCUGGGCUGGACCAUCGCGCCCAUGUUCGGUUGGAAUCGAUACGUGCCGGAGGGCAACAUGACCGCGUGCGGUACCGAUUACUUCAGUAGAGACAUCGUGUCCGUGUCUUACCUUAUCCUCUACAGCAUCUGGGUGUACUUCUUCCCGCUGUUCCUCAUCUGCUACAGCUACUGGUUCAUCAUUCAAGCGGUCGCGGCUCACGAGAAGAACAUGCGGGAACAAGCGAAGAAGAUGAACGUGGCUUCUCUGCGAUCAUCGGAUAAUGCAAACACCAGCGCUGAAUGCAAACUGGCCAAGGUCGCUCUGAUGACCAUCUCCCUGUGGUUCAUGGCCUGGACACCGUACCUGGUCAUCAACUACGGUGGCAUCUUCAACCUCAUCAAGAUUAGCCCGCUGUUCAGCAUCUGGGGCGCUCUGUUCGCCAAGGCCAACGCUGUCUACAAUCCCAUCGUCUACGGAAUCAGCCAUCCGAAAUACCGAGCUGCGCUCUUCCAGAAAUUCCCGUCGUUGGCGUGCGCCUCCGAGCCAGCACCGACGGACGCGACCUCCACCGUUUCUGGCACCACCACCGUUGCGGACGGCGAGAAAGCUAACGCGUAAAGCGACCACGGUUCCGCGCGAAACAUCGUAUGCGACGAAAGAUCACAACCGGGCCAAGAUCGAUGAACUGUAAAGGAUAAUCACGAUGUUAAGUUUCAUUACAGACACGGAAUUGUAAAUAUUAGUAUCGGUUCUCGCGUUGAGAAAUCUUUUUGUACAAAUCACGGGGAACGCGUUCCGAUCGAAAUCGCGGGUCGUCCGAGGAGGAGGAAGAGGAAGCGGGGCACGCCAUCGUCGGAACAAGCACAUCUACUUCGAACGCGUAUCUCCAGUAUACGGAACUGUUCCAGAACUGCGGGAAUAAAUCAACGACGUUCUGAUCCCAUCCAUGGCCGAUGGAUCAGCGUACGGUUCUCAUUCGCACCACAAUGCGGACCGUGCAGCGUCGAGUCAUAGGUGACGGUUUCAACGUUGUACAGUUUAUUCCGCAGCGAUUAUACAUGGUCACUUUGGUAUAGCAGGUACUAUCUCUGCUCUGUGUUUACUAGUUUAGUAAGCAUGCAUCAUACACUAAUGUGAGAUAUGACGUGAGCGUCGUAUCUGUACCCUUAAUUUUAUAAAUACAAAUGCAAAUAAAUUAUGCAAGCAACGUGAAA